UAUUGUUUCAGUUGAUUACAUUUUGUUUAUACUUUUGAACAGUCCAGCCGGCAAAUAAAUGCUUAAGAAAUAUAGAUUCGUUGUUUAAAAACGCUGUUCAAAAUGGAGGCCGAGAUGGGCAGCUUCGUGACUCAUGACAUAAAAGAGUUUGACCUGAAAUCCGGGAGGUCCGUCAAGGAAAGUGUGGAUAGCUUUUUGGUGACAAUUCCCACGGUGUUGGGGUUCAUCCUCUCUCUGCUUCUUUGUGGACACCUGCCUCUGCUAUCCACGCACAGAUUCCUUGUGGAGUUCCUUUUGAUUGGAUUACCCACCGUGAUUUUGGUGACCGUGGGCAGUGCCUAUAGUUAUACGUAUUCCCUGGUGGUUUCCGUAGCUAUCCUGGGUUAUCUUUACAGGAACAGUGCUCCUAAGCCUCCGAAACAUAAGUAUGAGGUUGGCAAACGACCAAUUGUCUUCACCCUCUUGAGGGCCACCGCCUACAGCGGAACGUGUGCAGCCAUCCUGGCCGUGGAUUUCCCAUCUUAUCCGACUGACUAUCGAAAGAGCCGGACUUAUGGGGCGUCUACGAUGGACAUGGGCAUCGGUCUGUUCGUGGUCACCAUGGGAUUGGUGUCGAAAAGAACAAGGAGUAUCUCCGACCUCAAGAAACUCCCAAAAUCCGUAGUUCCGUUGCUGUUCUUGGGCCUUGCUCGCACCAUCGUCAUCACGGCAAUUGAUUAUCACCAGGACGAGUCUGAAUAUGGCAAGCAUUUAAACGCCUUUUUUAUCCUGGGCUUCACCAAAAUGAUGGGCAGCUUCUACAGUCUGUUCGUGAAGUCGGAUGCACAGCUAGUGGGACUAUCAAUAGGUUUGCUUUUUCUUCACGAACUUAUGCUCCAGUUGGGUGUUUCCCAGUUUGUGAUGUCAUCAGAGCCCCGCGACGAAUUUCUCAGCGCCAAUCGGGAAGGCUUUAGUUCCCUGCAAGGCUGCGUGGCUCUCUAUCUGCUGAGCAUUUGCCUCGCCAGGUGGUACACUUCCCAAGAUCUCCUAAGUUACCAAGAGUUAACAAGGAAGUUGAAGAAAAUGCUCCUGGUGGCCAUCCUCAGCUGGGUCUUAGUUUUCGUUAGCGCCUUUUUAACAGGCAUUGCUCGCGUAACCUUUAAUUUUGGUUAUGUGAUAUGGAUUUUCGCCGUCUGUCUUAGCUUAAUACUGAUAUAUGCUUUCUUCUUUGAACUUAAACUGGUUAAAACAGAUUUUAAGAGGAAGAAAUCGGCUGGAGACACCGAGCUUUCCAGCCAAUCCGUGCCCACGUUUGUGGAGAGCCUUAACAGGAAUGGUUUAACCCAUUUUAUGCUCUCCAACUUCCUGACGGGAUUUGUAAAUAUUUCUUUGGACCCGGGCCAUCGAAAUGAUUUGGAGUCCGUUGUUAUACUUUAUGUUUAUAUGUUUGUUUGUGCUGCAGUUGUAUUUUAUAUGCUUAAAAAGGGUAUACGAAUAGCUUAGAUGAUAUUUCUUGACAACAGCCAUGUAAAAUAAACGUUACAAAAAAUAUUUCUAAAAAAAUAUGGGUGAGGCGUGUACUUUAAAUUGUUCUCAAAAUAUAAAAAAAGUCACAAACCAA